CUAUUGUUGAUGAGGAGCAGCGGCGGCGGUAGCGGCUGCACCACCUCGUUGCUGCUGGCCGCGGCCCGAUCGCCCCCCGCACCCCGGAGUCCGGCUUCGUCACCUUGUCGCAGGGGCCUUCCCUCCGGCCCCAAGAAUCGUCCCCCUGCAACCCAACAACAACAAACCCCCCGUCUCGCCCAGUCACCGGGGAGGGGGGGGACCAUGUCCCAGCGGGUGAGGCGCAAUGGGUCCCCCACGCCGGCCGGCUCCCUUGGGGGUGGUGCGGUCGCCACGGCCGGGGGACCCGGGAGCCGCCUGCAGCCCAUGAGGGCGACGGUUCCGUUCCAGCUGAAGCAGCAGCAGCAACAUGGCAGCCCCACGCGGAGCGGCGGCGGCGGCGGCAACAACAACGGUGCCUGCUGUGGAAGCGCUUCAGGCGGCGGCGGCGGCCCGCGCACUGCCUCGCGCAGUACGAGCCCCACGCGCGGCGGCGGGAGCGCGGCGGCGCGCACCAGCCCCACAGUGGCCACGCAGACGGGCGCGUCCGCGACGUCCACGCGAGGCACCAGCCCCACGCGCGGCGCCGCGCCCGGGGCUCGCGGGAGCCCCCCACGGCCGCCGCCGCCGCCGCCGCUGCUGGGCACCGUGUCGUCGCCCAGCUCGUCGCCCACCCACCUGUGGACCGGUGAGGUGAGCGCAGCCCCACCCCCAGCCCGCGUCCGGCAUCGGAGGAGGUCCCCGGAGCAGAUCCGAAGCUCCCCGGAGAAGAGGAGCCCGAGCGCCCCGGUUUGCAAAGCAGGUGACAAAUCACGACAGCCUUCCUCAAGUCCCUCCAGUAUUAUCCGACGUACUUCCUCCCUGGAUACUCUUGCUGCUCCAUAUCUUGCCGGCCACUGGCCUCGUGAUAGUCAUGGGCAAGCUGCACCUUGCAUGAGGGACAAAGCUACACAGACAGAGAGUGCAUGGGCUGAAGAAUACUCUGAAAAGAAGAAAGGGUCUCAUAAGCGCUCAGCAUCCUGGGGAAGUACAGAUCAACUUAAGGAGAUUGCAAAAUUACGCCAGCAAUUGCAGAGAAGUAAACACAGCAGUCGGCAUCAUCGAGAUAAAGAAAGACAGUCUCCAUUCCAUGGCAACCAUGCAGCUAUUAACCAGUGUCAGGCUCCUGUUCCAAAGAGUGCACUUAUUCCUGUAAUUCCUAUCACCAAAUCGACAGGCUCCCGGUUCCGGAAUAGUGUGGAAGGAUUGAAUCAGGAGAUUGAAAUAAUAAUUAAAGAGACUGGGGAAAAGGAAGAGCAGCUUAUACCACAAGAUAUUCCAGAUGGCCAUCGUGCUCCACCCCCACUUGUACAGAGAAGUAGCAGCACACGCAGCAUCGACACACAGACCCCCGGCGGGGUAGACAGGGGAAGCAACGAGAGCAGCCGCUCUCAGUCUGUGUCUCCCACGUCAUUCCUCACCAUUUCCAACGAAGGUAGCGAGGAGAGCCCUUGUUCAGCUGAUGACCUGCUUGUUGACCCAAGAGAUAAAGAGAAUGGGAACAACUCUCCUCUGCCCAAAUAUGCAACCUCACCAAAACCUAACAACAGUUACAUGUUCAAAAGGGAACCUCCUGAGGGCUGUGAAAGGGUCAAAGUCUUUGAGGAAUGCUCGCCAAAACAACUUCACGAAAUCCCAGCCUUUUACUGUCCUGACAAAAACAAGGUGAAUUUUAUUCCAAAAAGCGGCUCUGCUUUCUGCCUCGUCAGCAUCCUCAAGCCACUCCUUCCCACCCCAGAUCUUACCCUCAAGGGCUCUGGCCAUAGCCUGACAGUCACCACUGGCAUGACAACCACUCUACUGCAGCCUAUUGCUGUGGCCUCCCUGUCUACAAACACAGAGCAAGACCGAGUCUCUCGAGGAACAAGUACAGUCAUGCCAUCACCUUCUCUACUGCCACCACCAGAAGCAAUCGAGGAAGCUGAAGGGUAGGUCCCAGUACUACGUGGCCAUUAUUCUGGAAAAUUGAGAACCUCAUCGAAUCAUUUGACUAUUAUGGCAUCAUGUGCUCCCAGUUAGCUGUGAUGUGCUCCAGCUUUCCAGUGACAUGUGACAGUGAGGCUUCUGGAAGAACAGCCCCUCUGACAGCUCUGCCCCACUCAUGAAGGCCAACCCUCAGUGCUUAGCCUGCUUUUUCUUAAAGCACUGAUUGAAACAAGAAAGGUCUCAUUCUUUACUUUGGAAGGACGGUAUCACAUUGUUUUUUGCUUUCAAAUUAGACUUAUUUAAAAAAAAAAACAACACAUAAAACCUGAUUCUUGCAAACAUAAUUCCCAAAGGGAGACAUGAAUGAUGCUGCAAGAACCAUCUUUUAUAUGGAAAUGACUAUUUUAUAAUACCAAUGUUACAUUUUCUGAAACAUAACAAACAGGAUGUUCAAAAGAUUCUUUGGUGGCCUCUGUUUUGUUUCUAGAUGUGUGCUUUUCUUGGCUAUUUUCAGCUUUGGGACCAAAGGGAUUGUUGACAUUUUCCCAGCAAUCUUAAUCUCAUGACUAUGUUAUUCUCCCAAACAAGGAUUGAUAGGUAAAUGCAUUGAACCAAGUAUAUAUAUAAAAAGAGAUAAAAAGCAAUAUUCGUACAUUAUGUGAUUUAUGUUUUUUGAUGUCAAGUUUGUGCUUUGGGUGAAAUAUUUGUAAAACUGUUUUUUCUUCACUACUCCUGUACGCAUUUCACCAUAUGGUCAGAAAAUUAUAGUCUGAAGACAAGUGCUUUAAUAUGUUUUCACCCAUAUUGGAACUUGUUUUAAGUCAGUGAGCCAAAAGGAAACUACCCAGUGUUGACUGCUAGCUAAGAGUAAGGAGUCCCUUUGAUUUUCUGUGAAAUACAUAUCACACAAUUUCCCUCCUUCACCACAGGUGUCAUUCUACCUUUAAUCUCACUGUAUCAUAGCCCCAAGAGAUCCUAAAAUGGCUGUGCACAGA